UCCAGGGGAAGAAUCCCGCUCUGCCGAAGUCUCCGUCCGAAAUAAACGUGCCACUUCCGCCUCAGACCGAUACAAAUGCGAAUGUGGCAAAAAAUUCAAGCAAUUGAGCAACUUAAAGGAGCAUAAACGAAUACACACCGGGGAGAAGCCGUACGCCUGCAAUAUGUGCGAGCAGCGCUUCGCCAAACAGAACUCGCUGAAGAACCACGAGCGACUUCACACCGGGGAGAAACCUUACGCCUGCGGAAACUGCGAUAAGCGUUUCAGACUCUCGGGUACUUUGAAGAAACAUGAACGUCUACAUACCGGAGAAAAGCCGUAUUCGUGCAAAACAUGCCAGAAAGCAUUUACACAGUUGGUCGGCUUGAAAAGACAUGAACGAGUUCAUUUAGAAGAAAGCGUCGCUACUCCCCUUCCACAUCCGUGCCAAGUGUGUGAUAAACGAUUCUCAUCCCCGAGCGAAUUAACCAGACAUCAGCGUGUUCACACCGGGGAAAAGCCGUACUGGUGCGAGAUUUGCCAAAAAGGGUUUGCGCAAUUAGUUGCGCUAAAACAACAUAAAAGAACCCAUACUGGGGAGAAACCACACACCUGCGAAAUGUGUGAAAAGGGAUUCGCAGAUUUAAGAGUUUUAAAAGAUCACGAACGAACGCACACGGGUGAGAAACCUUAUUCCUGUCAAACGUGUAAAAAGGAGUUUGCACGAUUGAGCACUUUGAAGAAACAUGAGCAAAUUCACACUGGUGAAAAGAGAUUUUCUUGCGAUAUCUGUAGAAAAGAGUUCAGACAAUCUGGUGCGCUCAGCCAGCAUAUACGAGUACACACGGGGGAAAAGCCGUACACGUGUAAAACGUGUCAAAAGGACUUUCCGCGAAUGGAUGCUUUAAAGAGACAUGAAAGAAUACACACGGGUGAGAAACGAUAUUCCUGCGGAGUAUGCAAGAAGGAGUUUACGGAUUCUGGCAAUUUAAAGAAGCACGAAAGGGUUCACACUGGUGAAAAACCGUAUUUAUGUGAAAUAUGUAAGAAGGCGUAUAGAGAAUUAGGCAGCUUGAAGAAACAUACCCGGACGCAUGCUGUUGAAACCAAUAGUUGAGUCCAUAUGCAUUAACUAACAAACAUUUCAAU